GGGAAAAUGCAAGCUAGUCAUGCUGAGGUCACUCGCUUAAUGGAAUGUGUGGCAAGGUCCAGAGAGAAAUUUUGUCGUUUACAUUGGAAUGAUGCGUACUUCUCAAAUCCUGAAGCAUUUUUCUCAAGUGUUGUUUCUGAGUUCGAGCAAUUGGUCAAUUCAGUUGCCAAUGGGCUAAAUGCUGAUGAGCUUUACAAGAGAAGCCUACAUGAGAUUACAUCAUCCAGGAGUGAGGAUACAAAUUUUUUUGGGAUGUGUUGUUUAUUUGUUCUCUAUGUAACAUUUUCUUUGGUUAGUUCUUUGUUUGUUUAGAUUGCUGACAGAGGUUCAUAUCCGUACACAUCAUGCGGACUACCCAGAAUUCAGUCAGGAAACAGAAGCCCUUAUGUUUUGCUUAGCAUCGGUGCGUCCCUUUGAAGCUGGAGCUAACAUUCUACAAAUGAGUGCUCUAUCAAGUGCACUUGGCAUCCCAUUGCACCUGGCAUGUACGGAUGUAACCACGAGUGAUGAUGAAAUUGUGACAGUAAAGUGCUUUGACUUGUUUCCUCAAUCAGAAUCAGGAGCAAGCACAACAUCAGGAGCUACGAGUUCAAUCAGAAGUUACUCUCUGUCAAGCACAACUGAUAAACACCCAGAGCAAGGAAGGGAUGAUAACAACUCAACCAUGCCGGCUGGAAACUUGUUUUCGUCUGAUCGCAUGCCUUUAGUUAUCUUACUGAGUAGGAAGGGUCAAUAUGGCAUUCUUUAUCGCAAGUGAACAAGUUCUGACUAUACGGCAGCCUCUGGUGGACAGUUCUAACCGGAACUGUUUGGGUUAUAACAUGGAAACCUAUUGACAACCUACUCUAGUGUGGGUGUUUGAUUGUGCAUCUGCUUCCAAAAUGUAUCUGGUUACAUUUUUGCCCCCGACAAAAAAUACUCCAUUUGCUAGAUGUGCUGAUGCAUGCAGUUUAUGAAACAAAUUUGGACUUGGCAUAAAAUCUGAGGCUGGGAGCAGUGGGACAGAUCUGUUACUUUUUCGGUUUAUUUUUCUUAUGGAUGUUUGUACCAUUGCUGAAGCAUGGAUGGAAGAUUCAUAUUUGGUAAGAACAUAUGAAGGACUAGUUGUUUUCUGAUACAGCAGGACGUGGUUUGGAUCAUUCAAGUUCAAGGACCAAUAACACCAAAAUUUCAGAAUGAAGGCAUUUUUUGAGAGUCCUUGUUACUGCAGGCUCUCCUGAGGACACUAAAAGUUGGAUGCAUUCUAGAAGGAGCUUCAAAUUAUUGAUAAUGAUGUGGACUUUGUAUUUUUAUUGUGAAAAAUCUUUGAACACACUUCUUGUGGAGAACUAGGAUUAGCAUUGACAGCAGACUCAAUCAAAUGAAAAUAUAGUAUGCGAGCGGUCAUUUUUCUGGGAUAAAAAACUCAUGUGAAUGGAGUACUCAUUCAGUCUUGCGUAUUUUUGCAGCUUGCAUGGCACAAAUAGGGCUGUUGAGUAAAAAAUUUAAAGCCUUUUAUGGGAGAGAUUAAAUUGGAAAUACAUAUUUGCUUCAAGUGGAAGGUUGUGGACAUACAGCGCCACCUACUUGACAUGAUGAAUGGUUCGUGACAUUCAAACACAGACAGACAAGUCUGGUUCUACCUCCUUAACUUUAUUGGCUGGUCAUCUUCGCGUCACAAGGGCAGGAGAGAACAAUAAUUUCGUCGAGUGGUGGGUCAAAAUCAACAAAUGGGUGCCUUCAACCUUAAAAAAGGGUCUAAUUCCUUGAUAAUCCUAGGCUCCUGGAUGAUUUGGAAACAAAGAAAUUAGAUUGUUUUCAAUUGGACCACACGAGUAUCCUGAGGAUUCUUGUCCAGAUUGAGGAGGCUCAUCUGUGGUGUCUUGCAGGAGCCAAAGAGCUAGCCCGCGCAACUGUAGCACCGCUACCUCUUAAGUAUGUCUCCUUAGACCUUGUUCGGUUACAUUAAAUCUUCUGGCAGUACUCAUGCAGUGCAUUUGCAUCGGAGGGGAUUGAAAGAGAUUAAAUCUUCUUCUAUUCAAUUUUGACUAGCAAGGGAUUUAACUCCCUCCAAUCCGGUUCAAUCCACUCCUAACCGAACAAGCCCUUAAUUGGAUUACAACAUGUACUCAUGCAGUGCAUUUGCAUUCAGUUGUAUGCCAGAUAUGCUACAGUGGUGCCUGACACCUGCAUGUUUUAGCUUCUGUGGCAGGCGAAAGCCUUGCUUGACAACGUUGUAACCCUUCUCGGAUCUGGCAUUUAACAAGCACUUGAGCAGCAGCAGAAGCACUGCCGUUCUUUACAAAACUCCUAUCCAAGAUGUAUUCUGGCAAGAGUGACAUAUUAGGCAGCUAAGGAUAUGAGGGAGCACUGGUGUUCACUAAGUCGAGGCAUUAAGCGCAAGGCGAUUUUGCAUUGUUCUGGUAGAGCCAAGUGAUAUGCUGUAAAAAUCCUUGCACUUUAGUACUCCAAAUGGGCCAAAGUACUUCAAAGGGAGCUUCACACAUGGUUGGGAAUUUACCAUGACCAACCUGAAAUCGAUUUGGAUAACCAUGCUUAUCAGUCUGUAUCUUCAUUUUGUUCUGAACUCAACUCAGUUCAUUCUUGAGAUCCAAAUUUAGCUGCCCAUAGCAUCAGAACUAUCGGAAAGAAGUGGAGGCAUAGUCCUAAAGUUUUUUUUAAAAGAGAAACAGGAGGGUAGCAAGCCCCUAGUGCAUAAUCCUAUAAAGUUGGAACCAGAGACUUAUAACAUGCUACAUGGUUUGCGGCACAAUGAAGGUUGAUAUGUGAUAAAUUCUACUAGGUUAUAUUUGAGGCAAACAAGAUGCAUAGAGCUUUGAGGAGUUUCUAGUUUCAAGUGCAAAAUGCGGAAGCCCAAGAUGCUGCAAUACAAUCUCCUCCACAGCGCAAAAAGCAAUUGGCUUGUUGAGAAAGGGAAGAACAAAGUUUACAAAGGGGCAAUCCAGGUACCAGAAGAACUUCUUAAGAAACUAGGAGCUUUAUCCCCUAAGUCGGAAUCUUCAAGUACAGAUCUCUUUGAACAAUUUGCACAGAUCACCUAAGCAUUGAUAGAGCAUGGACAACAACUGAAAAAGAAAAAAAAGGCUAGAAAAACCAGAAAAGCGCCAGUCGCCAAUCAGAUGGUCUCAGCACCUCUUAUUGCUCUCUCACUAAGGAAAAUAUGAAAGCCAGAUGGUCUGAACACAUCUUAUCGCUCUCUCACUUAGGAAAAUAUGGAAAUCAUCAAAGCCGUGAGGAAGGAACGCUGAUAAUUCAACAUCAUCCAAGGUUCUAUCAGUCCAGCAAGCUAUCUGAACCUUUCUGAUCCAAGGUUUUCCAGAGUUCAGACUUCUGUUUGUUUAUUGACAAUAGCUUAGCUUUGGUAGUAAGGACAUGUCGCGUGCCGGCCUCUGUUGUUGUAAGUGGUGCUCAAUGCUAAAGCCCUUAGCAAGUUUUUCUUGUGGUUCUUUUCUAGACGAAGCUUUUUUAGCCUUGUUUAGUGUGUUUCUCCUUAGCAAGUUGAGUUUUAGAUGGUUGGAGGUGAGCUAGAUGUGUUUGUUGUGGUUAUUUUUUUCUUUUCUUGAGCUAGCUGUGGUGGUUAACCUCUACUUGUAAGGUUUUUGGGCCCGUUUUUCCCUUAAAAGUUGGGCCAUGACUCUCCUUUUCUCUUCUAAUAAAAUUAGCUGCAAAACUUUUGCUGUCAUUUCGAAAAAAACACACACUGGUUCAGCCUGCAGUCUGAAUAUUUUUUUGGAGCAAGAGCAUGUGGAAAUCUCGUUCCUAUCAGACUGAAAUAUUGUAAAGUAGAAUAGGUAGCUUUAGAUAUGGUAUUCAUAACUAAAUCGUUGCUGGACAGCGGAUAGAUUAAGCAGACGAGGUCUUGUGCAUCCUGUAAGGUGCCCGCUUUGUGACCAGCAGGAGGAAACAGUUCAGCAUAUCUUAGUGGCUUGUGUGUUUGCCAGAGACACUUGGUGGCAGACUUUGCAUAAGGUAAGACUUUGCAUAAGGUAGGGCUGCAUCACCUGACUCCAGGAUUGGCAACAACGACCUUCCAAGACUGGUGGAGAGAAGCUGAGUGCCAGGUGCCAAAAAACCAGAAAAGAAGAUUUAAUUCCUUAGUGAUUCUGGUGGCUUGGUGGCUAUGGAAGCAUAGAAAUGAAUGUGUGUUUGAUGGUGCAUCUCCCAACAUCAGCAUCAUCAUGCAGCAUAUUCAUGAAGAUGCUGUUCGGUGGGGCUUGGCAGGGGCAAGAGAUCUUAGGAGAUUGUGGCCUUAGGUGCUGGUGGGCUGGGGGUUGUUUGUAUACCCCCCCCCUUUUUUUACUUCUUUUUUCUGUCUUGAUCUAUUUUUUUGGCAGCUUGUACUGGGUCUAUUUUAGACCUCUAUCUCCUUUUUCUUAAUAUAUAAGAUGCGCAGUUCUCCUGCGCGUUCGAUAAAAAAAAUAACUUGGAAGCUCUUGGCUGGUCCUUGUGUAUGCGCUGGCUUUGGUUUAAAAAGACUCAGCUAGAUCGCCCAUGGACGGAGUUCGACAUUCAGGUCCAUCCCAUUGCAGCAGCGAUGUUCGCCGCCUCGGUGGUAUCGAUCGUGGGAGAUGGGGCUGGCACGUUGUUUUGGCAAGACAGAUGGAUUCAGGGUCACUCACUUUCAGUUUUGGCACCAUCCCUAUGCAGGCUGGUCCCUUCUAAGUUCAAGCGAGGAAGAACGGUGUAGGAGGCUUUGGUUGAUGGUCGUUGGGUCAGAGAUAUCAGGGGUGUUCUGGAUGCUCAAGUUCUCAUGGAGUACCUUCAACUCUGGGAUGUCAUGGAAACGGUUAGUCUGGCGCCAGGGGUUAGUGACCAGCACCUCUGGACCCCAUCAUCCUAUGGACAAUACUCUUCAAGAUCGGCUUACCGGAGGUUCUUUAUAUGCUCCGUCGCUUUUGAACCCGCCCAUAGGAUUUGGAAGUCCUGGGCCCCUCUGAAGUGCAAGUUUUUCCUUUGGUUAGCGAGUCUCAAUAGAUGUUGGACAGUGGUCCGUUUGGCGAGAAGAGGGCUGGAACAUCCUGACUGUUGUGUGCUCUGUAAUCAAGAAGAGGAAACAAUUCAACACCUGCUGGCUGGCUGCAUCUUCUCUAGGCAAGUCUGGUUCCAGGUUCUUUCCGCCUGCAAUCUUCAACACCUGUGCCCCUUCCCUGGGGAGGACAACUUCCAAGUCUGGUGGCAGCAGGCGGAGCAAAACGUACCAAAGCAGCGGCGAAAGGUUUUCAACUCGGUGGUCUGCUUGGUUGCUUGGUGGUUGUGGAAGCAUCGAAAUUGCUGUGUGUUCGAUGGUGGGGCUGCUGAUAUCGCUAAAGUGGUGCGGGAGAUUUGUGAAGAUGCCACUUACUGGCGCCUUGCUGGAGCCCCUAGGGUUGUGGGCUGAGUUGUCUCCCGGUCCUAUGGAUAUGUUUGUCUAUGUAAGGUGUUGGCCGCCGUGAAAAGCCACACCAUUUUUGUACCGCCCCAUUUUAGGGCUCACCUUCUUAUUUUAAUGAAAUGCAGCUCUCUUGCGUUUUCGAGAAAAAAAAAGAUAUGCUAUGAUAAUACCUUAGCAAUGACUGCAGUGAAGGGAACAGCCCCAAGGGAUGCGGUACAGUUAAGAGGUGAAUCUGUGGAAAUGAAUAUAUGAAAUCCAUGGAGAGGUUGCAUCAGGCACCAUCAGGAACUGCUAAAUAGAGGCUAAAGUAAUCCAGGAGAUUUGGCAAGCAGUGCAUAAAUAUCAAUGAUGCUUGGCUGCUGGCAACCAAUGCAUUGCUCACUGUUCUUGAUUUUUUUUGUCUCUUUUUGAGCAACGUUCAAUCAUCAGUCCUUUUUUCCGAUAGAAGAGUCAGGCAACGUUCAAUCCAUUUGUGAUUUGUCGAUAAGUAAGUUUUGCAAUUUUUGCCAACCUCGACCAUCAUGGAAGCUUUGAAGAUCUUUUGGCAAAAAAAAAGUAUAUAUAUGUACUACUCCCUCGUUCUUAAUUUAUAACUUAUCGGACUUUUUAUACAUAGAUUAAUUGACUCGUCUUAUGAUUUUUUGCGAUUUUUUUUUAAAUUCAAAAAAUAUACUUAAAGUAUAUUAUAUGUUAAACAAUAUCACAAUAAAAUUUAGUAAUAGUGAUGGUUUUUAAUAAUACGAACUGACUAAAUUUAGAGGAAAGAAGUCAAAUAAAUUAUAAAUUGGAAUCAUUUAAAGUAGGCGCAAAACUUCCACAAAAUCCAUUGGGCCCCUGCAGCUACAACUACGAAUAAAUAAGAGGAGGGGGGCGCUAUGUCUUCUGACUGACCCAUCAAAAAGUAGCGCGUCAACAUUACGUUGAAACCCAGGGGAGAAAUUGCAAACACAAACUAGCGGAAUGGCAGAAAAGGCACCGCCACCUCCACCGAAAAAGGCACUCCCCAGCGCGGGAAGCAGCGCAGGUGGCGGAGCCGGAGGCGGUGCAGCAGCAGCGCCCCCCGCGCCGGGACAGGAGCCCUCAUCUUCGCCACCACGGUCACCGUCGCCUCCCGAACCGUUCACGUACAACUUCGGCGCAGGAAGUACCGGAGGCGGAGGCGGCGACGGUGCAGCAGCAGCGCCCCCCGCGCCGAGACAGGAGCCCUCUUCGCCGCUACGGUCACCGUCGCCUCCCGAACCGUUCACGUACAACUUCGGCGCGGGAAGUACCGGAGGCGGAGGAGGCGACGGUGCAGCAGCAGCGCUCCCCGCGCCGAGACAGGAGCCCUCAUCUUCGUCGCCACGGUCACCGUCGCCUCCCGAACCGUUCACGUACAACUUCGGCGCGGGAAGUACCGGAGGCGGAGGAGGCGACAGUGCAGCAGCAGCGCCCCCCGCGCCGAGACAGGAUCCCUCAUCUUCGUCGCCACGGUCACCGUCGCCUCCCGAACCGUUCACGUACAACUUCGGCGCGGGAAGUACCGGAGGCGGAGGAGGCGACGGUGCAGCAGCAGCAGCGCUCCCCGCGCCGAGACAGGAGCCCUCAUCUUCGUCGCCACGGUCACCGUCGCCUCCCGAACCGUUCACGUACAACUUCGGCGCGGGAAGUACCGGAGGCGGAGGAGGCGACGGUGCAGCAGCAGCGCUCCCCGCGCCGAGACAGGAGCCCUCAUCUUCGUCGCCACGGUCACCGUCGCCUCCCGAACCGUUCACGUACAACUUCGGCGCGGGAAGUACCGGAGGCGGAGGAGGCGAUGGUGCAGUAGCAGCGCUCCCCGCGCCGAGACAGGAGCCCUCAUCUUCGUCGCCACGGUCACCGUCGCCUCCCGAACCGUUCACGUACAACUUCGGCGCGGGAAGUACCGGAGGCGGAGGAGGCGAUGGUGCAGUAGCAGCGCUCCCCGCGCCGAGACAGGAGCCCUCUUCUUCGCCGCCACGGUCACCGUCGCCUCCCAAACCGUUUACGUACAAGCAGAAGGCGGUGUGGCGCUGGCAGAGGCGGCGCGGCGCGGGAAGAGGCAGAGGCGGCGCGACGGGACCGAAACUCUCUUAUUUGCCGUCGCGGCUUUCACGGCCGUUCUCCGGUGACGAGGCGCCGAGACAGGAGCCCUCAUCUUCGUCGCCACGGUCACCGUCGCCUCCCGAACCGUUCACGUACAACUUCGGCGCGGGAAGUACCGGAGGCGGAGGAGGCGAUGGUGCAGCAGCAGCGCUCCCCGCGCCGAGACAGGAGCCCUCUUCUUCGCCGCCACGGUCACCGUCGCCUCCCAAACCGUUUACGUACAAGCAGAAGGCGGUGUGGCGCUGGCGCUGGAAGAGGCAGAGGGGGCGCGGCGCGGGAAGAGGCAGAGGCGGCGCGACGGGACCGAAACUCUCUUAUUUGCCGUCGCCGCUUUCACGGCCGUUCUCCGGUGACGAGGUUGAUGAUGAAAAGCCGGACGAAUUUGAAAAAGAAAACGGAUGGGGUUCUCUGUUCAUGAGUGACCCUCAAGUUCUUUCUAUGCACGAUCCACAAAAUCUCCCUCGUUAUAUUGGCCGGCAAAAAUGUGAUCCGAUCAGCACACAGGAGUUUUUUGCACUGCGCCACGAUUGGCUACAGCUGCUAGAUGGCAAGAAGACAUACCUCCGUGGUACUGCCGACUCCAAUUAUGCCGACUCUAACUUCGUAACCCCAAAACCUCUUACGGUCGCAGUAUUAUGUCAGGAGUCACUAUCAUAUUUGGUUCUUAGAGGUGCAAGAAAACCUAUCACCCAGCAAAAGUUCAAGAUACUUAAUGAACAUUAUGUGUGCUUCAGACCAAUGCGAACGGAUGGGUCACAGUUUUACAGAGCGUUCCUUUUCUCUUACUUGGAAAAUCUUGGGAAAAUGCAAGGUAGUCAAGCUGAGGUGACUCGCUUAAUGGAAUGCGUGGCAAGGUCCAAAGUGAAUUUCUGUCGUUUAGAAUGGAAUAAAGCAUACUUCUCAAAUCCAAAAGCAUUUUUCUCAAGUGUUGUUUCUGAAUUUGAGCACUUGGUCAAUUCAGUUGCAAAUGGGCUGAAUGCUGAUGAGCUUUACAAGAUAAGCGUACAGGAGAAUUCGUCAUCCAGGAGUGAGGAUAUGAUGCUUUUUACGAUGUGUUUGUUUAUUUGUUCUCUAUGUAACAUUUCUAUUUGGUUAGUUCUUUGUUUGCUUAGAUUGCUGACAGAAGUUCAUAUCCGUACACAUGAAGUGGACUACAACAGAGAACUGAGUCAGAAUCGGAAAGAAAAAAUAAAAGCACUUUUGCACUGCAAAAAAUCUGUGCGUCCCUUUGACGCUGAUGCCGACCUUUUAGAAAUGAAGGCUCUAUCACAAGCUCUUGGCAUUCCCUUGCACCUAGCAGCUGUGGACGAUAACCCCCUGCCCGACAGAACUGUGCAAGUAAAGUGGAUUGACUUCAUUCCUCGACCAGGACCUCUCGGUUCAAUCAGAGAAUACUACCUAGGACCUCUCGGUUCAAUCAGACAAUACUACCUACCCAGUGCAACUGAUAAACAUCCAGUCUUGCCAGCUGAAAACUUUCUUUUGUCUGGUCGCAUGCCUCUAGUCACCAUAUUAAGGACUGUCCGUGCUACUGCCAUUCUUUAUCGCAAGUGAACAGAUUCUGAGUAUGCAGCAGGCAGCAGCCUCUGGUUGAUGGUUGUAACAGGCAGUUUAUGAAAUAAUUUGGACUUGGCAUAGUAUGAGAGGCACUGUUUCUUACAGUAGGAAGAAUACCUUAAGGUGGGAGCAGUGGAAUAUAUCAGUUAGAUUUUUUUUUGCUUAUGGAUGUAGUUCCCUGUUGCUUAAGCAGUUGGAUGGAUGAUUGACAUUCGCUAAGAGCAUAUGAAGGACUAGUUCUUUCCUGAUACAGAGAUAUGUGGUUUGGAGCAUCCAUCUUCAAGGAACAAUAUAAUACCGAGAUUUGCAGCAUGAAGGGUGAGUCCCUAUUAUUGCAGGCCUUCAUUUGGUCAAUGAUUGGUAAUGCUUGCUAAAAGUAACUUUAAAUCGAUAAUGAUGCGGUAUUUGUAAAAUUCUUCGAAGAUACUUUUUGUGGAGAACUAGGAUUAACAUUGAUAGAAGAAUCCAUCAAAUGAAAAUGUAGUAUGAGAGCUGUCAUUAUUUUUGGAUAAGAGUAACCAUGUGACUGAAUGACGUAC